CCUCUCCCCGGACCCAAAACCCAAGCCACCCUCUCCAACUCACGCCAUAGCCAUUUCUUGAAAGGGACCCCCGCCAAGGAGGAAGUGACCCGAGGGAGGGCUGAGGGAGCUGCUUCGCUUGUCGAGGAGACUGACCCGGAAAUUCUUCUGAGAUAAUCUUUCUUCUUCGUCCAUGACCCAGAUCCAGGUUCCGGCGCGUGAUUGACCAGUUGCUGGUGCGAGCCGGAGCCGACCGACGGAGGUGGGAAAAUGACGGCGGGGACGAGGACGCCGACCUGGAAGGAGAGGGAGAACAACAAGAGGCGGGAGAGGCGGAGGAGGGCGAUCGCCGCCAAGAUCUUCGCCGGCCUCCGGAUGUACGGCAACUACAAGCUCCCCAAGCACUGCGACAACAACGAGGUCCUCAAGGCCCUCUGCCGCGAGGCCGGCUGGACCGUCGAGGAGGACGGCACCACCUACCGCAAGGGAUGCAAGCCUGUUGAUCUCAUGGACAUUGUAGGAGGAUCAGCAUCAGCAAGCCCAUGUUCGUCGUAUCAACCCAGCCUGUGUGCAUCCUACAACCCCAGUCCUGCCUCGUCUUCCUUCCCCAGCCCAGUCCGGUCCCACAAUCCUCCCAACCCCGUCACUAACCCCGAUGCUAAUUCCCUUAUCCCAUGGCUCAAGAAUCUUUCAUCAGGCUCAUCCUCAUCUUCCUCCCCUAAUAUCCCUCACCAUCUCUACAUUCCUGGGGGCUCAGUAAGUGCCCCGGUGACCCCUCCAUUGAGCUCCCCUACUGCUCGAACACCUAAAAUUAGUACCAACUGGGAUGACCCUAUCAGUGCUUCGAUGCCGUGGCUAGCAGGUAUUCCUGUUCCUCAGAGUGGGCCACCAUCGCCAACUUACAGCCUAGUUGCUCGAAACCCGUUUAGCUUCAUAGAGGAAGCCUUGUCUGGGGCUGGGUCAAGAGUUUGCACUCCAGGGCAGAGUGGGACAUGCACUCCAAGGAUUCCUGCAGGGGCUGAUGGGACCGCAGAUAUUCCAAUGCCCGAUAGCACAGGGGUGGAGUUUGCUUUUGGGUGCAAUGCGACAGGACCAGUGAAGCCCUGGGAAGGGGAGAGAAUUCACGAGGAAUGUGGCUCUGAUGAUCUGGAGCUGACCCUUGGGAAUUCUGGUACCAGGUGAUCAAUCGCUUGAAAGAUCAAAGAUAGGAAGAGAAAAGGAUAGCUAGAAGGGGAUAAGAAAAUCAUGUGAGCAUCCUUUUCUACGGCAGCUCUUCCGUCUGGUGCAGGAGUUUCAUUAGUACAAACAAGUUUGGGUUUUUUAGAUGGGAUUGGAAUGAAAGAAGUACAGUCAGUAGAAUCAGCUUUUUUCUUUUAUUAAUUUUUUUUUCCUUUUCAAGAAGAUUUUAAUUGAAAAUUCUAAGUUAUAAUUAUUGGAUACUUGGUGAGAUAUGCUUUCAAUUCAUUCAUUUGCUUUCCUUA